AUGUCUCUCCUACACAACAUCUGGACAUUCAUUAUGAUGGGUUUACUUGUGAUAUUCGAGGCUGAUGCCGAUUCUGAAUAUUCACCACAACGAUUGGCUGGCUUUUUCUUAGAAGCAUUCGACUCAACUACAGACAUUCCAGUUUACAAUUUUCACGACACUAGUACAAAAAAUGACACUUUAGUUUAUGACUGGGCUAUACAGAUGUUUGUUGCCAACAGAGUGACUAUUUAUGUACUUGACAACGUCUUGACGCUGUGUGAAGUGGAGAUUUAUGGAGAUAACUUUUGUAGUGGACAAAAGUUCGGCUUGAACUGUGAACAUACCUGCCAGUGUACAGACUCUAAAUCCUCCUGUAUGCCGUCGACAGGCGUCUGCCGUACAGGUGGUUGUACCCCUGGAUAUAAGGGCAAAGAUUGCGAGGAAGAGAAAAGAUGUAGCGCUGCUCCCAACAUUACAAACGGGACAUGGCAUAAUUGUCAAAACGAGUUUCGAAGCGUGUGUACACUGGUCUGUGAAGACGGCAACGAAGUUAAAGGGAACGACACGAUCACCUGCCAAGCUAAUCAAGAGUGGACAAUGCCUGGUGUGUGCUCGAGGAAAAGAUGUAGCACUACCACCAACGUAACACAUGGAACAUGGCAUCAUUGUGAAGAUGAGAUUGGUAGCGUGUGUACACUGGUCUGUGAACACGGCUACGAAGUUAAAGGGAACGACAACAUCACCUGCCAAGAUAAUAAAGAGUGGACGAUGCCUGGUGUAUGCUCAAAGAAACUAUGCAACACACCACAAAAGGUAGCCAAUGGUGUGUGGAGAUUUUGCAACAACGACACAUGUAAAUUAAAAUGUAAAGGAAACUAUAAAUUAGAAGGGAAUGAAACAAUCCAGUGCCAAGAUAAUCAAAAUUGGACAGUUCCGGACUACGAUUGA